CUCUCUCUCUCUCUCUCUCUCUCUAUAUAUAUAUAUAUAUUUAUGUGCUUUAUCUCUCUAGCCUCCUAGCCUAUAAACACUUAUUUGAUCUAUAAAAAAGUAGAGUUUGAGGCUUCCAUUUCUGUUUCUGCAAGUACCCAGUUGGUGAUUUUGCUUUCUCCCUCUAGGGUUCUAUCAAACACCCAAUUUAAGAUAAAUUCAAGUCCAAUUUUGAUGCUAUCUGAUCCCUUUUUUGGGUUCCCCAUCUGAGAAACCUGUUAAAGGGUUCUAUGCAAGUACCCUUUUUUGGGUUCUUGUGUGAUUGUUGGGUUCCCAUCAUCUGUAGUCUCUGUUGAAGAGAUUAGAACAUGCUUUGGAUCAAAAUUAGUGUUUAAUUAAGUUUGAUUGUAUUUUCGUUUACAAUUUUUUUAAAGAAAAAACGAAGAGAAAAUAUUUUCUUCUGCCUAUAAACAAAAGAAGAAAGGGAAUCUGCUUUAUUUUUGUUAGACUGAUGAGCUGUUGCUUGGCUAUGAUGCCAUUUGUUUUCUUCUUUGUCUACUUUAUGUUCUGAAAGGUUCACUUCACACAAAUUACUUUUUCUACAUUAGAGUAGCCUUUGAUCCUAGGGUUUUUGGAGAUUUUGUGCCUGGUACAUUGGAUGAUGCAAUGAGAGGCGUCCUUUUGCUUUAACCCCCUCAGUUCUACAAAGCUGCCAAGCUUGUUUGUUCCUUGUUGAGUCCUGCAAGAUGCAACCAACACCUAGUUUGGGUCAAACUCACAUCAUUGCCUUCAUUUAUAUAGUUCCUUUCAGUUAAUUAACCACAUCUAGUCCUGAUUUGGGGUAAUUGUUGAAUUGGGUUUUUCUUUUCAAGGUGUAUAGGUUGAGUUCCAAAGGGUUUUGCAGUCCUUGUGUUUGUUUUCACAACAUGGGUACUGAUGAGGAUAGAGCUAACAUGGGGUUUCAACAUAGAAAUGGUGAUAAUAGCAUGUUCAUAUCUUCAAGUGGUGCAGACCACCCUUUCUUUGGUUCUGGUUGGGACCCACUUGUUUCACUGAGCCAGAGUGAGAAUUUUGAGGGUUCUUCAGUGAUUCCUCACACUUUUGGUGUUCACUAUCCAUCUGAUUCUGGUCUUGUUGAUAUGGUCCCAAAGCUUCCUCCAUGUUUUGGAAGUGGAAGCUUCUCAGAAAUGGUUGGUUCCUUUGGCCAACCUGAGUGUGGCCAGACUGCUAGAACUGAGAAGACCUCAACAAAUGGUGCACCUCCUCAGGGAGACCAACAAAUUUCAGAGGAGGGUACAUUGGGAAUUUCACAUUCUGGAAAGAGGAAGAAGAGAGUAUCAGAGUCCAAUUCUCCAUUCAAUCCCAGCAAGAAUGGUGAGGGAGAGCAAGAAAAGGAUAUUUCUGCCGAGAGUUCGGAAUAUCAGAAAGAACAGGAUGAGAAGAAGCAAAAAAUUGAUCAAAACAUGAGUGUGAAUUUGCGCGGUAAGCAAACGGGCAAACAAGCUAAAGAUAAUUCUAGCAAUGGAGAUGCAUCUAAAGAAAAUUACAUUCAUGUGAGGGCUAGACGGGGCCAGGCGACGAAUAGUCACAGCCUUGCCGAAAGGGUGAGGAGAGAGAGGAUUAGUGAGAGAAUGAAAUUGCUUCAAGAACUUGUACCGGGAUGCAAUAAGAUUACAGGGAAGGCUGUAAUGCUUGAUGAGAUUAUUAACUAUGUGCAGUCCCUGCAACAGCAGGUCGAGUUUCUGUCAAUGAAACUUGCCACUGUCAAUCCACAACUAAACGUUGAUAUAGACAGAAUUAUAUCCAAAGAGAUUCUACACUUACGAGGCAGCGGUGCAGCUAUUCCUGGAUUUGAUCCAGGAUCAAGCUCUUCUCAUCUGUACCCACUGGGUAUUCAACAAGGAACCUUUCCAGGUAUCCCGAGUGCAUCACCGUUUCAUCUCAUGCCUCAGAAUGUAUGGGACAAUGACCUCCAAAGUUUUCUCCAAAUGGGAUUUGAUUCUAAUCCCGCUAUCAGCAAUCUUGAACCAAAUGGUCGAUCAAAAUUGGAGCGAUAGUAUUUUUGAAGAGUUAAAAAGUCUCUUUCCUUCUAAUAUAUGCUAUUCAAUUUUCUUUAAUUUGACUGCACAUUCAGUUGCUCUGGUAAUGACAAAAAAAAACAAAAAAAAAAUGGAGUUGUAUAGGUUGUCAGCUACUAACUGUUUGUUUCUUCGAAUUUUAUCAGAAGAAGAUGACUUUUUAGAUUUACAAACCAUGUGAUUAGUGAAGAUGAUUUUUUU